AUGGUCCGCAACCCAAGAUACACAUUUGAGCUCGAGGAGAUCGUCCGUCGCUAUCUGCAAGAGUGUGUAAAGACAGGUUCCAAAGUAUGCUUUGAGGACUGUAAUCAGCACAUCAAGGCAAAUGGGCAUGGUGAUGGGUUGGGAAAGGGACAGUUUAACUAUCUGAGGGUCAGGUUUCGGAACGGUGAGCUUGGUGCCGGAAAUCCCAACCAUCGAGCGGCUGCUGUCGCUGCUGGUCUGCUUGAUCCUUCAACUGUUCAACAGACGGAAUAUGCCGUCGCAAAUAUUCCUGAAUCUGAUCCGCCCGGUCCCAAGACUCCAGUCAGUCUUGGUGCGACUCCUGUCAAGCCGGCUACUCUUCCCGCUCGGCCUGUGAAACCUACACCUCAAAGACCUGCUCCAGAACCCCACCCGUAUCCCAAAAGCCUCCAAGUGUUUCCUGACCUUGGACUUCCCCCCGUUGGUAGCCACCGCAAAGCCGAUCUCGCCUUUUUGCACUCGAAACGGCCACGCAGCCAUGAGCACCCGGGAACUACCCACUUUGGAGACACCAGCAGCUCCGGAUCUCCAUCCCCAGUGCCGGUGGCGCUGGAUUUGUCCAAGGCUUAUCAAACAGCCAGGACAUCUGCACUUCUUCCCCCGAAGCCACCCGCAGAUACGCUGCCACAUCCGCAGGCCGAAAGGGUGGUCCCGCUGGACCCCAUGCUCAGCCAAGCACCCGUCAUGGGAAAGACUGAUCCUCUUGCGUCCACAAGCUCUAUACCGUUUACGCAUGCUGGCGUAGAUAGCCAGAUGGAGAAGGCACUCAAUACUCAGACUGGCAAAAAUCUCUUUCAAGCUGGCAUUAUGCAGUCUUUAAGUCCGGAAAUCGUAUUGUCUUCUAGUGCCCGCGAGAAACUGAGGAAAAUUCUCGAACCGGUCAAGUCUUUUGAACAUCCUGCACCUAGACAGCAAUCACCCAGUAUGCUGUCAAAUGCCACCGGCAAUCAGGAUCAGCAACUGCAGUCAACUAACAUGGCCACCGGUUCUAUGGAGCAGAGCGCCUCGCAAUCAUCACAAGUACCAGUCCAUCAGCCCUACGGCAACGGCAACGGCCAGGAACCUCCCCGACCAUCAAGCGUGUCACAAAACACCAAGCCCAUGAGCGCUCCUGGAAGCACGUCGAUCAAGCCUAACAUGCUGCCACCAGGCGGACUGACGCACCCGCUGCCAGCCAAGCCCGUCAUCGACGCGUCGCAGCCAAAGCGACCCAAGCCGUCAACCUGGCACGAGCCCAACUCCCUUUCCAUGUCGACGAGCGGUAACGCCCAGACAAGCAUUGCGAGCGCUCAGGAGGCGAACAUGCGCAUGUCCCAGGCUAGAUCGUUCCCGUCAAGCCCCGUAGUCGGUCACGCGGGCUAUCCUGCUAUAGGCUCCAAGGCUGCCUCGUACAACCAAGCCAAUGUUGGCCAGGCUGGCGGUUUGAGGCCCGAUAUCCUCGGGCCUAGCUCUGGCGUGCCAAACCUGGGUGGGCUGGUUAUGCCCAGUACGCCAUCCGGAGCUGGAAGUCAGAUCGGCGGCAAGCGCAGAUUUUCUCAGAUGGAGAGCGGAGAUGCCACUCAUGGCGGUGGCAGUGAGCUGCAAAUGGGUCCAGGUGUCCACCCGCAGGCAGGCGACGCAACAAGGCCGGGUCUGACCCAUUCCGGUCCCUACCCGCCUCUGGACAUGUAUUCCUCUGGUCAAACUCUAGGUUCCAACCGAAACACCCAGCACCACUUCAACCAACAUCGUAACAAUGGUCAAAAUACUGCUGGUUGCAGCAGCCGAGUCGAGUCCAGAAGUUUCAUUCUAGGUGCCGGCAAAGACGCCGUAAAAAAAGAGCCCGUCAAGCAAGAGCGGUCGAAAAGCCCUACGAAGCUUCCAGUCCCUUCUCUUCACACGGACAAUCAUGACAUGAAGAUUAUGUCAGAGCAGCCCAAUACCAUCGGCUCAGGUGGUGGACAGCCCAGCGAGAAUAUCAUUGCAGGAAAUCCCGAAGCAGAUACUGUCAUGAUGGAUGAUGCCCUGGCCGGCCUGUCAAAGUACACAUACGAAGAGCUGUCGGUUGCAGCUAUGAUGGACAACGACAUUCACCUCGUACCGGACAACAACCUUGUCACUACUGGUAGUGGAGUUGGAAAUACUCAACCUGCAAACCACAUGGGCUACAGCGCUCCCUCGGGCACAACCACUCAAGACGCGCCAAUCCUCGACGGCCAGCCCGCACCCACAUACCACGUCGCACCAUCGAACCCGGGCCCCGUAGACGUGUACAUGUGUGGUCCUGGCGCGGAGCCGUGCCCAAUCUCAUCGGCCGUCGUCCACUUCCACUGCCGGCGUAACGGAACGGUCAUCUUUGGUGGGAUGGGUGACUUCCAGGCCGCAGCAAUAAUGUAUCAACGCUCGGAGCAGGGCCAGAGUCGCGCCGGGCCAGGCGUACUGAAUGCAAAUGGGAUUUAA